UUUACAUUUCCACUUCGCUUUACAAUUCUUUCCAAUUUUUUUCUUAGGUGGUUUCGAACAGUAAGCAGAGCUCAGUCGGCAGCUCAGAGCAGCAGACCCAAUCGUCUCUGUGAUUUUGCACCCCAAAUACCCAAGACGGUGUCGUCUUCUUCGUUUUACGGCUGUGUGAAUUGAGUUCUUGGAGCUGGAUUUGACUUUUCUGCGAUGGGAAAAACGCCGGGAAAAUGGAUCAAGAAUUUGCUUCUUGGGAAGAAAUCGUCGAGGUCUAGUUUGUCCAAAGGAAGAGAGAAGUCUGCAACUAAAGGGGAGACAGUGGUCUCUUCAAAGUUGUCUGUGCCUGAGUUAACUGUCAGUGCACCGGUGAUAUCACCACCAUUCGUUGGGACGGUUGUUAGUAACGUGGACUCAGAAAUCAGAGCAGCUGUGGAAAUACCAAACGAUAACAUUACACUUUCAUCGGCAAAGGAAGAUGGCCAAACACAAGCUAUCUCUAGUUCGGGGUCUCAGGAUCUUCAGAGAAUUAACCGAGAGGAAGCUGCCACAAAGGCACAGAGUGCUUAUAGAGGAUAUGUGGCUCGCCGUGCAUAUCGAACCCUGAAGGGCAUCAUAAGGCUGCAAGCACUUAUUCGUGGUCAUUUGGUUAGAAGACAAGCUGUAUCCACAUUAUUAUGUGUCCAGGGGAUUGUGAAGUUUCAAGCACUGAUUCGUGGUCAGCAUGUUAGACAUUCUGAUAUUGGGGUUGAAGUGCAUAAAACACAUCAGGGUGCUACAUGUUUCGAUUACUCUGGUGUGAGUGCAUCUUCCCAGGUGGACAGGCUUUCGAAAAAUGCAUUUGCUCAGAAGCUUCUGGCAUCAUUGCCUACUGCUAGUCCUCUACGUCUCCAGUAUGAUCCAGAGGACCCGAACUCGGCCUGGGUGUGGCUUGACCGCUGGACCAGAUCAUGCUUUUGGGAACCUGUUUUACAACUAAAGAAAAAACCUGAUCCGAAGUCUCGUGGCAAAUACAAGAAGAUUCAAACAGUAGAAACUGAACCAGCUAAGCCAAAAAGAACUGUCCGGAGACUGUCCACUGAAAAUGGGCCAAAUCGUGUCACUUCAGAUACUGAAAAGCCUAAACGAAAUAUGAGGAAAGUUUCAAGUCAUCCAAUGAACUCAGUUCAGGAACAUCAACAAAACGGAGUUGAGAAGGUCAAAAGUAAUGUCAGAAAAGUUUCUGGUCCCAAGGAGGUUUCCAAUUCCAAAAAGGUUUCUGAUCCCAAGAAUAAGGUUUCUGAUCCCAGGGAGGAGGUUUCUGAUACCAAGGAGGAGGUUUCUGAUUCCAAGGAGGAGGUUUCUGAUCAGCCAGAGGUUGAUAAGGAGAUACCAAAGCACAGUACAGAAACAAUUUUAGCUCCUGCUGUUCUUGAUGAUUCAGAGCAGCACACUAGUGAGAUUUCUCCGAAGAUACAACAUGUGGAAGUUUCUGUCUCCAAACACUCUGAUCUAGAAGAAUGUAUGGAGCUGCCACCAACAGAUGAGACAUUGCAAAAGUUAGAUGACCAUCCUUCUGUUGACAUGCAAUCCAUGGAGAAGAAUGGCAAAAAUGAAGAAGUUCAAGCACUAAAUGAGGUUCUAACCUCUGCAGACAACUUUAUUAGCAACGAGGACCAGAAAACCAGCCAGAGAAGGGCUUCUUUACCUGUGAAGUUUGAUCAUCGGGAUAAUGGGGUUCAAACCACACCAAGAGUGCCAAGUUACAUGGCACCAACUGAAUCUGCCAGAGCUAGGCUGAAAGGACAGAGCUCCCCCAGGUUUGCACGAGACGUGAUUGAUAAGAAUCUUUUAACCAGACGGCAUUCUCUGUCUUCUUCCACCAACACCAAGUUAAGUUUACUUUCUCCACGAGCACAAAAAUUGGCUCAAGGCAAAGGAGUGAUCAGAACUGACAGGUCUUUAUCAUCUUCAAGGGAUGGUUUUGAUAAGGGGAUCCAACCUGAGUGGAGGAGGUGAAUUUAGAUGAGGCAGCGGUAUUCCAUGGAAACAUAUCAAAGGCAGGCAAAAGGG